UUUUCUUUUUUUUUUUUAGUUUUUGCAAUAGUUAAAACGUGAGCGUCUAAGUAAAAUUUUAUUUUUUUUCAGCCAAAAUAAGGUAAGAAACAUGACUUCAUAAAUUCUCUUAGAAGUGAAUCUUUAGAUGGGUUGGUAAAUGUUGAAUCAUAAGUCGUUGAUCGUAAAUGGUGAGGUGGAGCAAACUAUAAAUAGUACAAAUAAUUCCACGUUUUAUAUUCGAGUUUAUAUGAAUUCUUCUUCUUUUUUAAAUCAUUAAUUAUAUAACUAUAAUCAAACUUCAUAUAUAUUCAUAUUAAAUAACAAAAUCUCAUAACAAUGUUGGCUCCAGGAAAGGCUUUAUUAGCAGGCAGUGUUUUAUACGGUGCUGGUGUUUAUUGGAUGUUUACCAAUUACUACAACAAAUCAUCUAUCAAAAAGGCUUUUGUUAGAAGUGAUGCUGAAUAUAACAACGUUAAAAUAAUGCAACAUCCAUAGGUUAAGUUGAUUCUUGCCUAGUUAGGUAUUUAUUUAAAAUUGAUUUUAAUGCUAUUAACGUAUAUAACGAAAUACACGAUUCUUUUAUAAACAAAAAAAA